CGGCGCUCCCGACACACACAUGACCGACCACAGCACGUCACUUGCGGGCUAAUACUGCUCGCAUCCGUACUGCUCACGUCGUCCACUCGGCUGAAUUAAGCGGCCCCGCCAUGUUGCAAUCCCUCGCCGCCUGGACGCCCACUUCGCGCUUCUCUCGCUAAAAGUGAGGUCUGGCGGUUGGCGGGAGGAUGGCGGCGCGUCGCGGCUGCGUCAACUCGCUCUGGUCGGGAAGCGAGCGCGUCCGCAUCGGGGAGCGCCUCAAAGCGACGCUGGCCGGCGUGCUGGAGCUGGAGCUGCUCCGGUGCCAACAACUGGAGCUGGUGGACGCGGCUCUGGUGGAUGGAGCCGCCGAGCCGGGGCCGGAGCCGGAAGUGGGGGGGAGCGGAACCCCGGGGAGCGGAGCCGAGGACGCCGAGCGGAGCGCUGCGACACCCGGCAGGCAACAGGCCCCUUCCCCCUCCGAUACAAUACCCUGUCAGAAUAACCCGGACACCAACGCCGACGGGAUGGGACGCACUUCAGUAGGCAGUGGAAGUAACUCCCGCUGGUCCACUCUAUCCUGGGACGCCCCCUCGGACCUGCUGUCACCCCCGACGCCCGACACGGGUGCUUUAGCCCACCUGGACAGUGACUCCAGACCUAGCUCAGGGUUCUAUUCUGUGAGUGGCAGCUCGCUGUCCGACUCCUGCUACUCCGUGUCCAGUGAGGCUGCCCCUGCGGUCAGACCCCUGAAGCUGUGGGACCAGGUCCCAAGUUCGACUGACAACACUGACAUUCUGUGGUCAGACUGUGCGGUGCAGCAGCCCGUACUCCACUAUCCACACAAGGAAUCUGAGCCAACAGGAGAGUCGGCAGUUUCAGUUUCAAGUGACCCUGAGGUGUCUGGUCUCAGCUUUUUGUUCAACCUCUGCUCAGGCCUCAACUACCCCUUGAUUUCUUACCUCCUAAAACUCGACCGUGUCUCCCAUGUGCAAAAACCACAGUUGGAACCAUGUUACUGUGAAGACCUUGUGUCCCGUAGGACAAAAGAGGUGUACCCAUACCCCAGUCCGUUACACGCCGUCGCCCUCCAGAGUCCCCUCUUCACCUCUCACACUCAAGAGCGCCCACCUUCUCCUAACCCUGAAGGAGACCAGCUGAACAAACCAACUGAGACAAUAAGUCAACAUGUCCAACGUCCGAAUCCCACUACCCAGUCCUCUCUGACACAGCUGGAGCAGUACAUCUCUAGGCUCGCUCAUGAGUACCACCAUCGAAUAAACCUCUCCAUACCUGAUCUUGCCUCAACUGCUACCCCAUGUUCAUUCACGCACAGAGGCCUUAACACGCCUGGUAAAAGUCACGGUUCCACUCAGUCCCUGUCCGCCUUUGAGAGCCGCAAUACACCUUCUAAUGUAACACCUUGCAAAUCACUACUGGGUAACUCGGCUAGAGUCAGCCUCAGCACUACAGGGAAAAAAGCCACUAGGAACUCAAUCAACCUGGGUAGCCUUCCCUCUGCGACUGGAGACGAUCUGAACAUCAACUUGCAUCUCAACCUAAACUUGAACCUUGCCCAUGGUUUGAACUCCAACAGAGGGUUUGUGGACAAACCCAAAAAUGUCAAUGUGGGAGAUGACUCAGCAGCUUCAGUACCAACACAAGCCUCCUCCACACCCGGCUCAGCACUUAGAGCACGGCCCCGCAUUUCCACCUGUCCCAACUCCCUGAGCCAUCGCAGCUCCCUGGAGGUCACUUCCACUCCUGGAGCCACUUCUGGAUUCGGGCCAGCAGCCUUCUCUCGCUCCUUGGACUGGAGUGCCGGGCCUCUAUCUGAGGCAGGAACCUUAACUUUGGGCAACAGUUCUGGAUCUGGUCCAGGGUCUCAGCGUAGUAGCUUGAUGCAGGAGUCCAGCCCCAGUCCCAAGCUAACUGAGGAGUCCCCAAUGGUGGAAGAGAUCUCACGUCUUUCUGGCCUGUCUAGGGCUGUGGUAGUCGGGCUGAUGGAGCAAGGCGUAGAGCUGGACAUUGACUGCUUCAAGGCUGAUGGAGCCAAAGAGGUGAAGAAGCAUAGUAAAGUUCACCUGACAGCCCACACAGAGCAACCACAUGACUAUUUACGACUGUCCGAGCUGAACCCUCAAAGACCAAUCCAGUUGUCUCUCAGCGUCACCCAUUCGCCACAGUCCCAGUGCAGUGUCACCCCACCCCUAUCGCACUCCAGCAGUCCCAUUCACCCUUACCAGGCUCCCUCUCCACACUACUUCUCCCACAGCCACUACCAGCAGAUCCCCUCCCCGUCUGACCUCCCUUCCUCCACGGCGUCCUCUCCUGCCUUCCGCCCAACACAGAGAGCCCACUCUCCCCCACGUCCUCUCCAACCCUCUCCGUUGGGGGCUACCCCUCUCUCUGUGUUCCGAAGAGAUGCCCCUUUUCAGUGUUCCCUGCCCCGUGCCACCAUCACAACGUCCCCUGUGGAGUACGCCGGCAUCCAUCCCAGGAGUGGAUCCCUUCGACACAGCGGGGGAGAAAGCGGGGCUAGUGGGAGCUGGAAUAGGGUGGAGGGGGACGGGCUCUACAGAGGCAAGCAUGCGUCUCACAAGUUGAUAAGGGCAGCAACCGUGAGCAGCUACGCCAGGAGGGAGGAUUAUGGCACUACUUGGGGUGAGGAGGAGACACAAUCAUGCAGAAAGCCUUCCAGCAAACUUAGUAGAGCCUUUGAGGGGCGUCUCUGGAGCAAAGACACACAGAGUGAGAGGGAGGAGAUGGACAGGGCGGAGUAUGGCUAUGGCUGGACAAGGAACAUCGGCGGAAGCUGGAAGGGGGAACAGAGAAGGGUGAAGGUGGUGUCAAAGGUAGAACAAUCUCCUGUCUUCUCCAAGAAGAGGGGUAAGGAGGGUGUGGAGAAACGGAGUUCUGGCGUCAGGAUGUCCAGGAGGGCUCUGUUCAGGAGCGAGUCCCAGGGCUUGUUGGUGCCUCGCAACCACGAUGAGCCCACUCAUCGGGCAAACUGGGUGUCCUCCUUCGAUGUGGGGCAAAGUGGUGUGAGUGCGAGCAGAGAUGAAGGCAACAGACUGCUGAGAGCAAAGGAGGACAAACACCUCUCGUCCACCGCCAGCCUUUAUAACCUCUCCUGCUCUCAGAGCCUGGAGAGCAGUUGUCACUCCCUCUCGCCUCUUUCCUCUCCCUCCUUUUCUCCAUCCCCACCACCCAGGCUGACCCUCCAACGUUCUCGGUCGUUGAGGGACUUGGGGAGACGAGUCUUUGGGUCCAUGAGGUCCUUAAGUCUCAAACAGAAACCGUCUAAAAAAUGA